UUCCUACACAGGUUCCUGGGCUGCUGAGCCUUCACCCCCCCUUUUUGGAGAGCUCCCUGAUCUGAUCAACGCGGCAUGUUACAAAGAGGGCCACCCACAUAAACGGAUGUCGGGUUUGGGGUUAUGGACCACUGGGGCCUAUUAUGGCUCAUGAAAAAAACCCAAGAGCCAUUAAAAGGAUCGUGGCUCCCGGCUCUUUAGUCUCCCCUGGUGCGCAACUUAAAGAAACGAGCCAAGGAGAGCAGCUAGGCUUGAUAAGAGAGGCAACUCAGCGGCCACCUUGUUCUUUGAAGGAUGAAAAGAAUGACCAGUCAACUCCUCUUUCUGAAAAGCACUAUCACAUGAGUUCUGACCCAAGUCCAGAAGACAUGGAGGACACCUGCUCAGAGUAUGACAACGUGGGCUCUGAUGUGGAGCAGGACUAUGACGAGGUGCUGCAUUUAAACAGAGGGGGCAUUGUUGAUGGGAAAUGCUACAAAAACUACGGUUCAGAGGAUGAAAAGCACACAGUGCAGGAAAAUCCAAAGGAGAACACUUCUUCUUCACUUGACCAAAUCACCCCAAGGCCACUUCAAAGCACAGAAAGAGGUGAUGGAUCUCAAUCAAACAACAAUCCACAUCGUUUGAGGUCACAUUGUGCUGUAAGAGCACGAGGAGAAGUUGAGGGAGCUGUGAAAAAGAGCCACAGAGACAAGUUCUUCCCCAAAGAUGGAGACGAGUUAGAGGAGGUGCUACGUGGAGCCAGAUUUAUAGAGGAUUUAGAGGAGGCGGAUAAUAAUGUUCAAAGACCUAAAGGCCUUUAUCAAGAUGAAGACAAUGAGAGGAUUAGAAAGGGAAGCAAUGAAAGGAAAAAAGAUGACAGCCGGUCUGCAAGAAAUCAGAAUACCCAAGGAUUAAAUAAGAAGUGUGAUGCAUCUCACAGGGUUUCCAAGGACAUGCAAUGUAAAGGACAAUUGAGGAAGACCACAGGAGAAGACGCAGAACAAUCUGCGAUUAAAGGAUGCAUGAACAACAGAACCGAGCAGCGCCCAAAGACGUUACCCAAGGAAUGUAAAAAGUCUGCAGUGAGAUCCAAGGGGAGAUCAGGCGCCAGCAAGCAUCAUCCUCCUCCUCCACCACGUCACUCUCAUGCACAGUCACCUGCCAGCCCCCAGAAUGCCCAGCCUGACAGACCAAUUCCCAGCACACCCAGGCCCUCCUCUGCUUACAGCCGUGAGAGCGAUCCAAGGGCCAUCAAGCCAUCUGCGGCUCCUCAUCACGCAGCUGAACAACAGAGAGAGUCUUUUGAGGGAAGGCAAAGAAUGCCGGAGAAACCAGAGCAGCAGGGCGAGAGGCCAAACCUGAGUGUGAUGCCUGAGGAAGUACCAGAGCAGCAAAGGGAGCCCCAGUGUCCAGAGCCAGUCUCUGCAGAGGAAAGCAACACUCCUAAGGAAUCUGCUUCGUUUCCCAGCUUUGAAGAUGUUCCAGGCCCCUGUGAGCCGGAGGAUCUCAUCGAUGGGAUCAUUUUUGCUGCUAACUACCUUGGCUGCACACAGGUGAUGUCUGACAAAAAUCCAUCCAAGUCUGUCCGAAUGUCUCAAGCCCAUGAAGCCAUCAAUCACAUCAAGAGUCAGGAUGAGGACUCUCAGAUGAUGACUGAAGUGGAUCUGUUCAUCUCCACUAAAGCUGUCAAAGUGCUGAAUGCUGACACACAGGAGACGAUGAUGGACAGUGCCUUGCGGACCAUCUCCUACAUCGCUGACAUCGGCAGCAUUGUGGUGUUGAUGGCUCGGCGGCGCAUCUCUCAGGCCACGCCGGAGGACUUUUCUGAACCCUCUGACUCCGCCAACGAAGAAAAGAGUCAGUACAGAAUGAUCUGCUAUGUCUUCGAGUCAGAAGAUGCGCAGCUGAUUGCACAGUCCAUUGGUCAGGCUUUUAGUGUCGCCUACAGAGAAUUCCUGCGAGCCAAUGGUAUCAACCCAACCGACCUGAGCCACAAACAAUACAGCGACAUUAUCAACUCACAGGAAAUGUACCACGAUGACCUUGUCCAUUUCUCAAACUCAGACAACUGCAAGGAGGUGUAUUUAGAGAAGCAGAAAGGGGAGAACCUCGGUGUGGUUAUAGUGGAGUCCGGCUGGGGCUCCAUUUUGCCCACCGUCAUCCUGGCCAGUAUGCUGAACAGUGGCCCUGCAGCUCGUUCUGGAAAACUCAGUGUGGGUGACCAAAUCAUGUCCAUUAACGACACGAGUCUGGUGGGACUGCCAUUGGCCACUUGUCAGGGCAUCAUCAAGGGUCUGAAGAAUCAGGUCAAAGUAAAGCUGAGUAUUGUGAGCUGCCCACCAGUCACCACUGUCCUCAUCAAGAGACCUGACCUUAAGUUUCAGCUCGGCUUCAGUGUUCAGAAUGGCAUCAUCUGCAGUUUGAUGCGAGGUGGCAUCGCUGAGCGAGGGGGUGUACGAGUCGGUCACAGGAUCAUCGAAAUAAACGGUCAGAGUGUUGUUGCCAUGGCACACGAAAAGAUUGUGCAAACCCUCUCUGUCUCAGUGGGUGAGAUCAACAUGAAGACAAUGCCUGCUGUGAUGUUCAGACUGCUGACAGGACAGGAGACUCCUGUCUACAUAUAGAGGAGACCUGUAUGGAACAGUGCAAAUGGAUGGAUGGGCGAGAAUUUAUUUUUCUAUUAUUUCCUUUUUGGGCUUUUGCUGCGAUGCCGUAUGGAGCAUCUCGUCCUCAUUUUUCAGGUUUUGUCUUGAAUUACAUCGUCAUAAUGGCCUUAUAAAUGUAAACACUGUCUGUAGUACUGUGUAUGAGUUUCUGGUGUUGAAGAGAAGUAGCUUUACGGUCAUGAUUAUUUUCUUAUGAAGAGAUAAAUGAGUAAAAUUAUUUUUCAUUUAGUCAUUUUUAUAAUGUGUAUGGGUUUGAAAUUGUUCCUGUAUUGUCAAUAUACUUGGAUUAGAAAGGCCAUAUUAUUCCUUCAGAAUUUAUGCAUGUGAACAUGGAAAAUAACUGACCAAGGACUCAUUCUUAAUCUGACAAUAUAAUCUCUUACACUAAGUAUUAAAGGACAAUAAAAAUGAACUGGGAUGAGGGAUUAAACUGUGUUUGCUGGUGAUGCUAAAAACCAAAGCUACACCUGCUUCUCAAAAACAGUGUAGGGGGAUCAGUACCUUUGACUGACUGUAUAUUAAUGUAUGAAUAUGCUUGUGCUGGAUGAAUGUAAUGAGAAAUUGAACAAAAUUACAAUUUGACUGCUGACUCAA